GCCGAGGAAGCGCGGGCCGGCGCCCGGCGCCCACCCCGACGGCGGCUUCACCCGCCCGCCGGGCCGGCAGCAGGGAAGCGCCCGCGGACCGGAAGGGAGGGAGGAUGGUGCAGUCGUGUUCCGCCUACGGCUGCAAGAACCCGCUACGACAAGGACAACCCGUGUCGUUCCACAAGUUUCCUCUUACUCGACCUAGUCUUUGUAAACAAUGGGAGGCAGCUGUAAGAAGAAAAAACUUUAAGCCAACCAAGUAUAGCAGUAUCUGUUCAGAACACUUUACUCCAGACUGCUUUAAGAGAGAGUGCAACAACAAAUUACUAAAGGAGAAUGCUGUGCCUACAAUAUUUCUCUGUACUGAACCACAUGACAAGAAAGAAGAACUUCUGGAGCCCCAAGAACAGCUUCCUCCACCUCCUAUUACACCCCCCAUUUCCCAGGUUGAUGCUGCUAUUGGAUUGCUAAUGCCUCCUCUUCAGACUCCUGAUAAUCUCUCUGUUUUCUGUGACCACAAUUAUACUGUAGAGGAUACAAUGCAUCAAAGGAAAAGAAUUCAUCAAUUAGAACAACAAGUUGAAAAACUCAGAAAGAAACUCAAGACUGCACAACAGAGAUGCAGAAGACAAGAACGACAGCUUGAAAAGUUAAAGGAGGUUGUGCACUUUCAGAAAGAGAGAGAUGAUGUGCCAGAGAGAGGUUAUGUGAUUCUCCCAAAUGACUACUUUGAAAUAGUUGAAGUACCAGCAUAAGAAAACAAAGUUUGUAUUGUUUUUAAUGAGGCAAUACCACAUACCUUCUUCGAGCCUUUUAAAGAAAUUUUAUUUGGAAAAAAAUAACACUUGAUUACUUGUAUAAAAACAAUUCAGAAUAUUUUUUUAAAAAAUAAAUUAGAUAUAUACUGUAAAAUUAUAAUUUUUGUUUGUAAUUUCAGGGUUAUUGUAUUGUAACAAUAUGCUACUUUCUGUGUAUGUUUGUUUUUAUUUCUGGGCCAUACCAGGUGGUGCUCAGGGAUUACUCCUGGCUCUGCACUCAGGAAUCACUCCUGGUGGCUCUGAGGACCAUAUGGGACCAAGGAUUGAACCCUAGUCUGCUGUGUGCAAAGCAAGCGCCCUACUUACUGUACCAUCUCUCAGGCCCCUGAAUAAUAUUUUAAAGGUUAUAGACUAACCUCAAUUUUAAUG